CCUGAGAUUCAAAGUGUUCGAAAACUGAAGAAUGCCUUCAAAAGUUUGUACGCUGAUUCUCCUGUUCUCUGUAAUUAAUCAAAUGAAAUGUGGAAGUACGACAGACUGUGCCAUGAGAGUAUUCAAAGAGACAAUAAAAGAAAUGUCAGAAGUAGCUGAUCUUCAAUUGGAAACACUUCAGAAUUUAUCGCCAGAUACGAAAAGGCAAAUGAAAAUUGCCAUCAUGGACGUGCUGACUUCAAUGGGUCUUUUCCUUGAAAUGUCAACUGCAUCAUCAUUCUCUUUUGCGACUCUUCCAAUCUACAUGCUCCGUGCUCAAAACCUUAUGAAUCUUCUGAGCAUGGAUCUGGAAAAUCUUCAACCAGAACAAGGAACUCUUUCCGAGUCCGUUGAAAAAAUGAAGAAUAUGUUGAUAUCCGUGGUUAAUACACUUCCAAAGAAAGCAAUGAUUUGUUUCCAAAUGGAAUGAAACUAUAAAUUCAUUGUUUUCUGAUUUUUAAUAAAAAGUUCAC